ACUCCACAAAUAUACUCGUCAACGUUCAGUCGUCUCGAAACCGUUGAGCAAUCGAGUUUUGAGUGUAGAAGAAGAGAAGUUUGUUCACCAACUAUUUUAUUUUAUGUUUCCCCCUACAAGUGCUGUGUCUCUCAAUUUUUGUGAAUUUUGCCUAAAAAAGAACGAAGAAUACAAAAAGUAAAGAAUAAGUUUGUUUUUCAAAUACUCAGUGGAUUUCUCGGUCAUUCCAGUUCACCAUUUUUGUACAAAAAAAAAAAACUUUGUAACUUCCCUGAUAAUUUCAAAGACUAACACUGACAGAGUGUGUGAAGAAUUGAUCGAUAAGAAACGGAAAAGAGUGAAGAGGAACUAUAAUUGGUUUAUAUGUAACUACAAAACUUUGAGGCAUUGUCUGAACGUCUAGCAAGUUUAUUUUGUCGUGAUCAAAAAUAGUGCAACUUUAAACGAGACUGUUGAGACGUUUGCUCUAUUUGUGUUCUAAAGUUACAGAAGAAGUUCGAGAAAGAAAAACGAGAAAACUAUUUAUUGUGCCAAGUGAAAAUUGUUUGAAAAAAAAAGAAAACUAAAUUGAAAGUGAUUCCGAGAGGAAAAUGAUGAGCAUACCUGUUUCAACGCGCCUUGCCAAUUUGGCUAGGAGAUCAUGCGUGAGACUCCUGAGUACUCGGCAGCAGCAACAAAAUGAUGAAAGGACCUGUGAUUAUGAGCGUUUCUACUCGUACCCUCCGGAGCCGGGAUUUGUGAAAAAUUCACCAUUCGAGAAUAUUAAUAUUCCCAAUUGCACCAUUGAUCAGUAUGUGUGGAGUAAUUUACGAGAAUGGGAAAAUAGAGUGGCUGCGGUAUGCGGAAUAACAGACCGACAGUACACGUACGCAGAAAUGCGGGACCACAGCGCAGCCUUGGCCGUUCGCCUACAAAAGAUGGGCUACAAACCCGGCGAUGCCAUUGCCGUAUGCAUCCCGAAUUUCCCUGAAUUUCCCAUUGCUGCCCUUGGGGCCCUUGAGGCAGGUCUCGUGGUUACAACAGUUAAUCCAAUUUACACACCAGAGGAAAUUUGUCGUCAACUAAUGGAUGCAGAUGCAAAGUUUAUCAUCACAACAGUUGAUCGUUUUGAUGCUGUAAAGGAAGCAUGCGCCCUUACAAAGACCACCAUGCGUAUUGCCACAAUUCGGCAUAGGGCAACGGAGAUUCUUCCCGAAGGUGCCAUAGACUUUGCCGAACUGAUCAAUCCACACGGAGUGGACUUCUCGGCUCUUCUGCGUCCCAACACAACCAUUGAGGACAUUGCUUUUUUGCCCUAUUCGUCUGGUACGACGGGCCUCCCAAAGGGUGUCGAACUAACGCAUCGAAACAUCACAUCAAACUCUGAAAUGCUCAAAGCCAAGACUGAUGGCGUUCCCAUUGUGCACGAGACAACAAAGGAUUUCCAGGAUGUCCUUCCGUGUGUCCUGCCAUUUUUCCACAUCUACGGACUCACAGUUACUCUUCUGUCCAAAUUGGCUCUUGGAUGCAAAAUCGUCACACUCCCACGAUUCCAUCCAGAUAGCUUUCUCAAUGUCAUGAUGAAGUACAAAGGAUCAGUUCUUCAUCUCGUGCCACCAAUAAUUAUCAUGUUGGGUCACAACGACAAGGUAAAGCCACAUCACACAGAAUCCAUUCGGAUUGUUAUGUCAGGGGCUGCCCCAAUGGGAACUCCGGAUGCUGAACGCUUCACAGCUCGAGCACCAGGAGCUGAAUUCGUUCAGGGGUAUGGACUCACGGAAACAUCCCCAGUUGUAUUGAUGAGCUGUGUUGGGAGCAAGAAAUACGCCGCUGUGGGUCAUCCAGUACCCAAUACUCAAGCCAAGGUUGUGGAUCUGAGUGAUCCCACCCGGACAGGAUUGGGACCGAAUACAGUGGGUGAGCUCCUCAUUCGUGGUCCACAAGUUAUGCGGGGGUAUCACAAUCGCAAGGAAGCCACGGACGAGAUGCUCCUGGAGGAUGGAUGGCUGCGCACGGGUGAUUUGGCGUAUUACGAUGAAACUGAUCACUUCUACAUCACAGAUCGUCUCAAGGAAUUGAUCAAAGUUAAGGGCUUCCAAGUACCACCGGCUGAGCUCGAGGAACUCCUGCGUGAUCACCCCAAAGUGGCGGAUGCUGCUGUUAUUGGUAUCCCGCAUGCCCUCUCCGGUGAGGUUCCACGAGCUUUCAUUGUGGCCAAGAAGGGUAAUGAAGUUACGGAGAAAGAGCUCCAGGAGUACGUUGCAGGCAAAGUUGCAUCGUACAAACGUCUCGAUGGUGGUGUUGAAUUUCUCGAAGCGAUCCCCAAAAGUGCCACAGGAAAGAUCCUCCGGCGCGAACUGAAGCAGAAGUACUGCUCGUAAAUUCACAAUUUGUUUUUUUUUUUAAUUUUCAACUGAUUGCCAUCACAAUCCAGGAUAUUCGGAAUAAUUCCACGUGAAUUUAUCGUAUUUGUUUCACAAUUAAUUUCUAAUGCAAUAUUAAGGAAAAUCUUUUUUAAAGUUAGACAAAUUAUUUUUUAUCCUAUCUCUCAAAAAAUAUCAUGUGAGAAGUAACCUGAAGAUCUUUUAGGCAAUUCGCUUAGAGGUCAAAAUGUUUAUUUUUAAGUAUUUCAGACAGCAAUUUCUAAUGGUGAAUUUGUGUUUUUUAUUAUGUAUAAAAUUGUGAAGUAUCAAUAAAAAUGUACUGAAGUGAUUUAGAGAGCAGGAUUAAA